AUGAACGUGGCCCUCCACAAGGAAACGGAAAUGCUCGGACCGCGUAUCACGGACGCAGCCUCUUGUCAGGUGAACGGGAAGGACCUUUCCAAAGCCAGCCAUGAGGAGACGGCCGAGGCUUUCCGCAGCUCCAAGGAGCCCAUUGUGGUUCAGGUGCUGCGGCGGACACCUGUCUCCAGGGGCAGCGGGAACUCUCAGGACGUACACGUGGUGGACGUGUGCACGCAGACAGACAUCACGUUUGAGCACAUUAUGGCCCUGGCCAAGUUGCGACCCACCACCCCACCGGUGCCUGACAUCUGUCCUUUCCUGCUCUCAGACAGCAGUCACUCCCUCCACACGAUGGAGCACGAGCUCUGCGAUGGCUCAGAAUACCUCUCCAGCAUGGCGGCCCACGGGGAGAGGACGGACGAAUUUGAGUACGAGGAGGUGGAGCUGUGCCGCCUCAGUAGCCAAGAGAAGUUGGGACUGACCCUCUGCUACCGAACAGACGAAGAGGAUGAUGUCGCCAUCUAUGUCAGCGAGGUGGGUCCAAACAGCAUUGCGGCCCGGGACGGCCGAAUUCGAGAGGGGGAUCGGAUCGUACAGAUCAAUGGCCGUGAUGUGCAGAAUCGUGAGGAGGCUGUGGCUGCUCUCUCCAAUGAGGACUGCAGGAGCCUGGUACUCCUGGUUGCCAGGCCUGAGAUCCAGUUGGAUGAGGGCUGGCUGGAUGACGAGCACAGUGCCUUCUUGGAGGAGCUCAAGAUGGAGAUGCUAGAGGAGCAGCAGAGAGAAGAGGCACAGGACACAGUCAGAGAGGACCUGUCCAAGAAGGCUGAGGAAGAUGACAUUACUACAGACACAGUUGCCUGUUCCUCAAACCACCAGUACAAGGACAGCACACUGGACCACACGAACAGAAGAACGCAUAGCGAUGGCCAUUCCCAGCCGGGGGUCCUAGCUCGGGUCCAUAAGACGUUGUCCAGGUACAUACGAGACAAGCGGGAGUCGAACCAGAGCCAGUCUGAUACAGGCCCCCAGUUUACACACAGCCUUGUAGCUGGGGGCCGCCUGAACUCACUCUGUCCUGGGGUACCCGAGGCAGAGGAGGAGGAGGAGGAUGAAGAUGAAUGUGACCACUUCCAGCAGCUUCUGGAACUCAAAUGCCAAAUCCGGAACAGUGGUGAAUAUGAUGUGUACUACAGUCGGCACAGCACCAUCGAGUGCAGCCUGGCAGAGCAGGAUGGGGUUGGCCGAGAGCUACGCCUCCUCAACGAGGAGCUGAGGAACAUAGAGCUGGAGUGCCAGAAUAUCAUGCAGGCCCACCAGCUCCGUAAGGCCCGGGACCAGUAUGCCGAUCGGGCUACCCGGAACCACAGCAAUAGGGCAGACUCCCCUCGGGGAAAGCUUGUCGACAUCAGCGAGCGUCUUGAGAAGUCAGACAAGGACAGCUCAAGUGCCUAUAAUACGGCGGAGAGCUGCCGCAGCACGCCGUUGGUCAUGGACCGCUCCCCUGACCAUGCCCCUCUCACCACGGACCGUUCCCCCGACCAUGGGCCACUCAGUGUGGACCGCUCCCCUGACCAUUCCCUACAGAGGAGGAUUCAGAUCACAAACCAGAAGAACCUCAGUGCCACUCUUGGUGCUCACCACAGCCACCCAGUCGCCAGCCAAGCCAUCGCCAGCAGUCCUGAGCAGAGUAACCCAUCUGAAUCUGACCAGCCGAUUCCUGCAGAUGAUGAGGGCUGUGGACAGGACGAACCCCUAGUGCCCCAGUCUCCCUACCUGUCCCCAUACCAUAGUUCCCAGUACCGACACGCUAACAUACCAGCCCACGCCCGGCAUUACCAGAGCUACAUGCACCUUGUGCAGCAGCGCUCGGCAGUGGAAUUCGCCCAGAGCCAGCUAAGCUUGGUAGGCGUCGAGCCCAAGAUGGAGUGGAAGGUGAAGGUCCGAGCUGAUGGCACGCGGUACAUCACCAAACGGCCUGCCCGUGACAAGAUACUCCGGGAGCGGGCCUUGAAGAUCCGUGAAGAACGUGCUGGCAUGACCACGGAUGAUGAUGCAGCCAGCGAGCUCAAAAUGGGCCGCUACUGGAGCAAAGAAGAGCGCAAACAGCAGCUGGCCCGAGCACGGGAGCAGCGCCGUCGCCGCGAGUUCAUGCAGCGCUGCAGGCUGGAAAGUCCCCGUGAGGCCCCGCAGAGCUCUGGUGAGAGCCGCAGGGAGGUCAGCAUCAUCGAGCUGAGCCACAGGAAGAUGAUGAAGAAGCGCAACAAAAAGAUCCUGGACAACUGGUUGACCAUCCAGGAGCUUAUGACACAUGGUGCUAAAGCACCAGAUGGUGCCAAGGUCCACAAUGCCUUCCUGUCCGUCACAACUGUGUGAAACACACGCUGCCCCAUGCAGUGAUAUUACUUGCCUCGUUCAAUGUGGCAUUUUUAUGAGACAAAAAGAGAUAUUUUCACAAUUUAUAACUUGAAGGACAUUUUAUAAACAAAGUUUUCAACUUGU